AUGGGACGAAAGAAAUCAAAAGCCAAGAAUGGUGGUCGAAACCACAAAAACAAUCGAAACAACAAUUCCAAUCAUCGAUCAUCAUCAGCUUCCGAACAGCAACCUGUCAGUAGAAAUAAUGACAAGAAGAAUCAGCCUCGCCAACCCAACAACUAUCUCAAUUUCUUGAAUAGACAGUUGGCGUUUCGACUGUUGUUUUUCUACCUGGACGAAACGGACAGGUUGCAGCUGGGGAAAGCGUAUCCGCGCUUUCAAAAUGCCAAGCUUCCCACGGUCAAACCAUCACAAGUGUCAGAAGAUGGUGGUGACCAAUCAACACCAAAAACAAAAACAAAAACAACAACGGCAAAUGGAGACCAAGAACUGACAAAGAUCAAAACAAUAACCAUUCCACAAGAUCCGCAUACCCUGCUAGCGCGACUAAAUACAAGACGGUUGGCAAAACGAAUACGAUACCUUGGUCAACAACAAUGCACUGCUUGUGAUGAUGACGCAAAGGUGUAUAACCAGCAUGUCUAUGCCAAGAACAAGACGACUGAACAGAUUGCUAUUGCGGAAUGGCAAGGUCUCAUGGUCGACUACAAGAAGAAACUGGCACAGGAACAAAAAGAAGAGGCAGAGGAGGAUGCCGAAGACAACAAUAACAAGGGUACCAACGUUGCCGUUUCAUUUCCAUCCCAGCUGGAACUGCUGCUCUUUUCUCCCUGUCCCCGAGCCGUGGCAGUGCUGGCGUCUUAUCCUCGUAGCGGGAAUAGCUUGUUGCGAACGUUGUACGAACGAACGACUUUGCGAGUGACUGGCAGUGACAUGAGAGGUGGCUUGACCAAACAUGAUUUGGUGGGAGAAGCCGCAACAGAAAGCAAUGCUGUCCAGUUUGUCAAGACGCAUUAUCCAGAACGCCGUGGAUCGCCACCCUUUUUGGUGAAUCGUGCAGUCCUCCUUGUGCGGAAUCCAUACGAUGCCAUGGAAUCUUACUUCAAUCUGAUGAUGACUAAUACUCAUACUACUAGUCUGACGGAGGAGCAACGGAAACGUAAUGCUGCAGUCUUUGCAGAAAUGGCAAGGAAGGAAAUUCAGGUCUGGAGGGACUUCCACGAGUACUGGUUAGCACAGCAGAUUCCACUGCUAGUCAUUCGAUACGAAGACUUGAUUCGUCAUACGGAUAAGGUGAUUGCAAAAGUGAUUCGUUUUACACUAGAAGUCCAAAAUAUGGGGUUCUUUGAAGACCGCAUCAGCCGGUGCAUCCGAGAGGAGCAGAUUGAAAAUUUGGGAUCCUAUCGACCGAGAUCAGGAGGUAUUGGAAAGUCUCUCAGUACUGGCAUGUACUCAACGGAGCUGUUGAACGAAUUGAAUCGAGGCAUUACCGAUACAAUGAUCAAGUUUGGGUAUGAAGAAAUGAUGAAACCAAAUCCUGAAGAGUACGUAGAUUGGAAGUUGGAACCAUUGGACCAAUUUGGUGUGGAGAUUGAUGGAAAGCCGAAUUCUUUCAUGUCAAUCAAUGGCAAAGGGCUCGUCCGUGGACCAAAGCGAUUUACGAAUUGGAAAGACGUCAGAAGGCAAAUGGCACAAGAUAACGAUGAGAAGAAGAGCUGUUGA